ACUUGUUGAGUUCAGCGCUAUUUAAAGGGGAAGCAACAUGGCACACGCUUUAGUCAAACAGGAAUCUGUCGAGUGGGAGAUGCAGAAGUCAGCAGACCAAAGCAAGACCUUUGUUUACACGAAGAAGAGGGGGUAUGAUGUUACACGUAACCCCCACUUGAAUAAGGGGAUGGCCUUCUCCCUGGAAGAGCGCUUGCAGCUGGGCAUUCACGGCCUGUUGCCUCCCUGCUUCCUCAGCCAGGAUGUGCAGGUAUUGCGGGUCCUCAGAAACUACGAGCUGAAAAAGGAUGACUUGGACAGAUACGUCUUUCUGAUGGGCCUUCAGGACCGAAACGAGAAGCUGUUUUACAGAGUCUUGACCUCAGACAUCGAGAGAUUCAUGCCCAUUGUGUACACACCUACGGUCGGCCUAGCGUGCCAGCAGUACGGCCUUACCUUCAGGAGACCUAGCUCCUGGCAUUGUCGCUCUGCUUUUUGAAUUGUUCUACAAAUCAUUGAAUAUCUCGCCUCCAGGCAAAUGAAACCGAAUAACUCUGGAAAGUUGAAACAUCUGUCUGGAGAGUUGAAUAUACAUCCUGUCAUAACAGAAAUC